AUGGGAGGCUUGGAAAUUGGAAGGUCUCUUGUGUUCUUGAUGGGUUUCAGCUUCGAAUCUGAGAGAUUGAAGGAACAGUUUGCAAAUGGGAAGGGGCAAAAAGUGAACAUAAGGGAAAAUUCAGUAAAGGGCAAAAUCGGCAAUUCACUAUUCCUAAGCUACAGUCUAGGAACAGUGACUCUCGGAUCAGCUAGCAGGCUAGGGGUGCUGUAA